GAUAUAGCUGACCAAAAAUGGCUGACGAAGAGGCUUCUGCUCUUGUGGUUGACAACGGCUCCGGCAUGGUCAAGGCCGGUUUCGCCGGUGAUGACGCUCCCCGAGCUGUGUUCCCCUCCAUCGUCGGCAUUGCCCCCGAGGAGUCCCCUGUCCUCCUGACUGAGGCUCCCCUCAACCCCAAGGCUAACCGUGAGAAGAUGACCCAGAUCAUGUUCGAGACCUUCAGCACCCCCGCCAUGUACGUCGCCAUCCAAGCCGUGCUCUCCCUGUACGCCUCUGGCCGUACCACCGGUAUCGUGCUUGACUCCGGUGAUGGUGUCACUCACACUGUCCCCAUCUAUGAAGGUUAUGCUCUUCCCCACGCCAUCCUCCGUCUGGACUUGGCUGGUCGUGAUCUUACCGCCUACCUCAUGAAAAUUUUGACCGAGCGCGGUUACUCCUUCACCACUACCGCGGAGCGAGAAAUCGUUCGCGACAUCAAGGAAAAACUUUGCUACGUCGCCCUUGAUUUCGAAUCUGAGAUGAGCAUUGCUGCGGCUUCGUCUUCCCUCGAAAAGUCAUAUGAACUUCCUGACGGUCAGGUCAUUACUAUCGGCAAUGAACGCUUCCGUUGUCCCGAAUCACUUUUCCAGCCUUCCUUCUUGGGUAUGGAAUCCGUUGGUAUCCACGAGACUGUCUUCAACUCUAUCAUGAGGUGCGACAUUGAUAUCCGUAAGGACUUGUACGCCAACAAUGUUCUCUCCGGUGGUACUACCAUGUACCCUGGUAUUGCUGACCGCAUGCAGAAAGAGAUCACAACUCUUGCUCCCUCCACCAUCAAGAUCAAAAUCAUUGCUCCCCCUGAGCGCAAGUACUCCGUAUGGAUCGGUGGCUCUAUUUUGGCCUCCCUCUCCACCUUCCAGCAGAUGUGGAUUACCAAAGAAGAAUAUGACGAAUCAGGCCCUGGUAUCGUUCAUCGCAAGUGCUUCUAAUUGUAGUUUUCUGGUUCCUACGUUCACGUUUUAAUUUUGUGUCUGUUUCAUUUACUAAGCUUUUCAUGCCCCUGAGAUAUUUUAAUUUAAAUAUCAUUUUUACAAAGACUUGUUGGUUUCUAGUAUCAUUCUGUUAUUAACAUUUUUCCCGAAUAAAACAUUUCCUCA